CAAUUUUAUUGAUAAAGAGUGUUUAGAAAAUAUAUUUUUCAACAUGAAUAUGUAUAUUAUAUAGAGAUUUUUAAUGAAUAUAAGCCAAAAAUUGAGUGCAAUUUAGCCAUAUUCUCUCGGUCGCCGAGAAAAGAAGAAUGGUUUUCGAGUAAAAUAUUCGGUCUUCUGGAACAUCUUGCAAACAGCUGAUAUAAUCGACACUUCAUCAUGACUACGGUCGAAUAUGACUUAGAUACAUCAGGCGGAUUGAUGGAGCAAAUCCAAAAACUGGUGUCUCCGCCAGUCAGUGAAGAAGCUCUCCGAAGACAAAAACGUCGAGAUCGUGAAUAUAGACGACCUGGACGGGCUGUCAACCAUGACUGCUGUGACAGCUGCAAGGAAGGUGGAGACUUGCUGUGUUGUGACCGUUGCCCAGCUGCUUUUCAUCUUCAGUGCCAUGAUCCCCCCUUAGAGGAAGAUGAUAUUCCACCUGGAGAAUGGAUUUGUCAUCGAUGUCGGGUCGCUCCUGUUGUAGAUUCAAAGGAUGAUGAUACAGCCUCAACAAAGAGCAGUAGUAGCAGCACUAAUGGCCGUGUUGGGCCAGGCCGACCUCCAAAAGGGCAGACCUUACCGAUGGCACCUACACUGCCCCCAUUUGAGGAGAUGGACUUUGACAAGGAUGAUCUUCAGAACCCUCUUAGGACCUUGGCAAAGGCAGCUAAACUAAUGAAUCCUGUACAAUUUGAACUUCCCAAAGAUAUAGCAUGUACAACAUCAUUACCAGGUUCAAGUAAACGGAAAUGGUGGGGUCGAGAUCGAAGUUCACAGAAGAAACUCGCUCAUGAGUUGGACAAUGGCAUGGUACCACUCCCUGCCAAGGUCUGCUUCUACUGUAGCAGGAGUUGUAGAGUGGGUCCGCUGUUACAGUGCGAUUUUUGUCCGCUUGUGUAUCACAUGGACUGUCUCAAUCCUCCUCUCACUUCCCUGCCCACAGGACGAUGGAUGUGUUCAAACCACCCAGAACACGUCUCAGACCAGAAGUUAUUACAGACCGUCAGUUUAUCAGAAAGAGUGAAAUUGUGGGACUCAUUUAGUGGUCAUAUCAAUCAGCAUAGUAUCAAAGUUAAUUUCCUCAAUAAGAUUCAUAGACAAAGUCCACCAUUCAGGAUAAAGAUACGACACCCUCGUCGCAAGUCUAUAUCGAUACCAGAAGCCAUCAAACAUCACUACCGUAAUCCACCCCCAUUACUGCCACGACUAACCGACAACAUGACCCAGGAUGUUCCUGUUACCAUGGAAGGUAAACCCACUGCCACACUCGAGGAGCAGGAAGAAUGGCUAACAGCUGUGGUCUCAUUACAAACAAGCAUAGCGAAACACUUGGCACAGCAGCAAAUCCAAAGAUCUAGUGAUGGCAGUUCUCGCGUCAGUGAAACAUCAAAACCCGAAAAGCCUACAGCAUCUGUACAACCGGUGGUCCAGAGAGACACAGUUGAACAAGAAAGUUCUUCAUCAGUGGGACAAUCCUGUGAUAUUGACAAGUUAUCUGCCCUUGAUGGUGAUCGGACUUUACUAAAUGGUCCCGUCUCUCAAGACGGUGUUUCUAAUGGACCUCUAGAUGUAAAUAGAGGAGGAGCUAUCUCAUUGUUAAAUCCUCCUGGCUUCUCCUCAAGUGGACAAAUUGUAGGAUCUGGUUCAAAUUCUUCAUCUGUGAAUGGUGAUGUGGAAAUGACAGAUGUUUCUAAUGUGAAAGGCACAACAUCAUCUGAUUCUCCAGCUGUGAUCAAAUCUCGUAGUAACAGUACAGACAGUCCAAGUAUUGUGCGUGUCAACUGGUCCUCAGGGGACAAACAGGGUGUGGCAAUAUCCUCAGCAACAGGGGUGACCACUCCAUCAGGGAAGAACAUUGUCAUCAGUGCUGUAAACAAAACUAAUAACACUGUUGUAACUAAAGUGUUAGGACCCAAUAGUCAGGGAGGUAAACUAGCAGCUAACAAUAUGGCAGCAAAAAACCUAAGUGGCAGUAACCCAACGUCUAUUCUGUCACCUCAGGUCACAGGCAAACAGAUGGCCAAAGUGACAGGUAUGGCCAUAGGCAAGACCACAACUACAGGGUCAGGCAGCACAGCAAAGGUCAUUACAGUGUCGGCUCCAUCAGGUAAAGUGUCCACAGCCAAUUCUCAUGGGUCAUCCAACGCCAUUGUGUCCCUCAAUAAUUCUCUACAGCAGUGUGUGGAGGGAGCAGGAGACAAUGAACUGAGUAAGCUGGAUGAGCGCCUCAUACAGAUCCUGGCCUGGCAGAGGCUGCAGCAGCUGAUGCCACACAAACAGCAAUCCUCUUCCUCAAAAAAAGGAGUAUUAAAUGGACUUCUAACACAACAAGGUGCUGGUGAAAUCAAAGCACGUGCUGUUUUAUGUCCUCUGACAGGGAAGGGCCAGCCGAUCCCUAUGUCCUACAGGACACUCAACAUAGGAACAGGUGCUGAUAUGGAUGUGUGCUUAUCACAGUUUGGGCACUGUAACUUUAUCUCACCAAAACAUGCCUACAUUUUCUACGAUGAAACUACAAAGCAUUAUGAGCUACUGAACUACAGUGAACAUGGCAGUACUGUUGAUAAUGUCCUAUAUUCCUGUGACUUUUCCGACAAAGUAGCAACCACACCCCAGCCUACUGCUGUGGUUGCAGCAGUCCGUAACAUUAUUAGUAAAAGGAAAGAAACAACAGAGGAACGCAUGGAGGACAGACCAACGAUGUGUUCUAAAGUCACAGACAAUGGCAGAAAACCAUGCAAUUGUAAAGCCAGUAGUUCUAGUUUGAUUGGAGGAAGUGGUGCAGGCUGGGAGGGCACAGCCUUGCUCCAUCAUGGAAGUUAUAUCAAGGUUGGCUGUUUACAGUUUGUGUUCAGCAUCGUUGACCAUGCCACCAAUGUACCUGGACAGGAUCGACGCAAAGAGCCAAUGUCCCUCCUUAAAUCUACGCUCAAAGCAUCUGCUCCAUAGGUCAUACUACGUCUUGCACCGCCUCAGGGAACGGAGGGCAAUAAGGACACAUCAUCUAACAUCUCCAUCGACCGCCCUUGUUUAUCAGAUAUUUGUCACAUUUAGUUGGUAUUUCCUUCAUAUAAAAAAUCUCCAUUUAUCAACAAAAGUCAUUCUCACCACCAAUCCAGUAACAUUAUAUCUCCUUGAUAUCCUUCUUAGCCCUCAGAUCGUCAUCCUGUAUUUUGUUUGCAUACACCAAAUAAACCAAUCGGAGAUGUGCUAGUUUUGUAUGUGUGCAAUACAAGAUUUCAGAUGUAUACAUUUAUUAUCAGACCCCUUGGUUUGUUGGGUAGAGAAAAUCUGCAUUUCAUUCUAUAUCAAUACUAUAACUUGGAAAUCUUUUUUUUUUAUUUCAAUAUUAUUUGAUGCCCUUUAAUUGUUGUGAGUUUAAUCCUUUCGUUAAACAGGAAACAGAUGCAUUUAAUUCUCAAGUUAUACUUUCUGCUGUGCGAGCGUGUGUGAAACUGCAUCUCGUUCCAAAUGUUAUAUUGAUGGAUAAUAUUAAUGUUUUAUGGAUGUGUUUACUACAAAAGUCAUAUAAUGUGAUAGCUCUGUAAGAUACCUUAGGUAUUUAUCAUGUGUCACAAAUCAUUCAGAAUGAUGUUAAGUAGAAAUAUAUAGGUGUAUACCAGUUACAUGUUGAUAUUUUUGAUAGAAGAAUGUCUGUAUCCCUAAGUCUGAUGUACUUUCCUAAUGUUCGUUAAAAACAUUUUCUGUAGUUGUAUAUAAAAAGAUUCUUACAAAUGGAAACUCAAAGUUUAAAUUGUAAAGAAUGAUACAUUUAGUUGAAAUAUAUUGAAGGUAGAGAUGCUAUACGGUCUGUGUUAUCUCCCAUAAAAUCUAAAGGAUAUGUUUUUGGUUUGGCAGACUUAGUAAUUGUUGGAGGAAAAUUUGGUUUUUUUAAAGAAAUGGAGGACAUGGUAAGUUCUUGUUUAAUGAAAAAAUCUGAUUGACAUUUGUUGUGCAACUUGUAACAUUAAUUGGAAAUGAAGGUUUUGUAACUUGAUAUGUGCAAGCUACUGUGUUUUGGUCUUUUAUUGUAAUAUAGAGGCUAAGUUUAACUGAGAUUACAUAAUGGUAUGGUAAAUCAAUUAGAUUUCAUGAAUACGUUGUUUUGCGAACACUGAUCUAGAAAUGACUUUGAAUUCAUGAAUUAUGAGUUAUUAAAGACAUGUAAUCUUUAAGACUCUCAAGAGAACAAGAUAUGCCAUGGUAGGCCAACGCCUCACCAACUGGGCUAUCACUACCCUUUUUGGUAGGCCAACGCCUCACCAACUGAGCUAUCACUACCCUUGUUGGUAGGCCAACGCCUCACCAACUGAGCUAUCACUACCCUUGUUGGUAGGCCAACGCCUCACCAACUGAGCUACCACUACCCUUGUUGGUAGGCCAACGCCUCACCAACUGAGCUACCACUACCCUUGUUGGUAGGCCAAUGCCUCACCAACUGAGCUACCACUUCCCUUGUUGGUAGGCCUACGCCUCACCAACUGAGCUACCACUACCCUUGUUUGUAGGCCAACGCCUCACAAACUGAGCUAUCACUACCCUUGUUUGAAAGAGAAGUUUCCCAUUUCUAAAUGAAAAAUACUUCUAGUAUUGAAUAGUGUCACCAAAGAAAUUCUUUACUGGAUAUUUUUAGCAAGCAUGGUUUUUGUAUCGUUACAUGAAUCAAAACUGCUUCCAGGGUUAGAAUUUACAAGUUUUCAUCUUUAAGAGAGGUGGUAAUAAUCGGUCUACCUUAGAUUAUAGGUAAACAAUUUGGUUCAAACAAAAGACAUAAAUUUUUUAACUUUGAUUAAAUUUUAUGAUAACAGUGGUCAGUUGUGUUAACGUUGAUGUAGAGAAAAACAUUUUUUUCCUUGGCAAAUGCUAGCAAUUCAAAGAAGGGCUUUGACCCAAAAGUAGUAAUUUGGGAACUGGUAAUUACGAGUUAAGAAACCAUUUUUUCUGUUCAACCAACUAGACAUCGUCCUCAAGAAAGUUUCAAACUAUUGCAGAACAGUUACAGAUGGCAGUACAUGUACUGGUAUUUAUUAGCAUAGAGGGGUAACAUUAAUUUUACAAACAAUAAAUUUCAGGAUACCAUGGUGAUCCUGAAUUUCUGUUUGUUGCAAAUACAUAGGUAUUAAAGGUACCACCCGUAGAAUAUAAUUGAUGAAUUGCAUGGAUGUGACAGACAGGAAACUGAUCCAUUGAUAGAAGUGAUAUAUUUUUGGGUCAAGUAGAUGUUCUACUGAAAUAGCCCUGAAGAAAAUAAACUGAAAUUUCAUUUGACAGCUAUAAUAUAAAAUCACAAGGGCCAAGUAUUGAUUCCCUGAUGUGAUUUCCAGCGUGUGAUCUGUGUUGGACAACCUAAUAAAUCAGUACCAGGGGAAUGAACACACUUAGUACACAUCCAGUCACAUUAUUGUUUUUUCGUUGUUUUGUUACUGUGAUGAAGUUGGAUCUUUGUGCCAAAUUUCCAGUAGUUCAGAUUUGUAUUUGCUGGUUGUGUAGCUCCUUAGUAAAGGAGAGGUAUCAUCAUUAUUAGCUGAUGUUUGCUAUCUUUUGUAUAGCAAGCUCAUAUGUGCAUUAAGCUAUAGAGCUUGAACAAAGAUGGUACACAUUUAUCAGUUUCUAGCUUAAUUAAACCAAGUACUUUUAACUUUGAAGUAUAUAUUUUGCAAUCUAAUUUUGAAUAUCUUCCAUUCAAAAUGAAGAGUUACAGGAAACCAAAAUUGUGAAAUAUAACCUUUUCUUUUUGAUAUUGCACACAUAGAUUUCUAAUGUUAAACUUUUCUACUUUUGUAAAGUGAGAGCUUUAUGUGGCAAGAUCUUAUCAUUUGUAAGUCAUAUUGCUGAAGUAUUUAUGAAAGUGUGUAGGAUGAAAGCAGGGAAAAUGUCUUUAAUAGUGACCUAAUUUUGAAUGAUUUCCUUAAUGUUGAAAAAAAUCAUGAAAUAGAUUUUUUUUACAAAGUAAAAAAGUUGAGUACUCUUGUGUAAUGAGGUUGUUCUAGACAUUGUUAAUUGGUACAUUGUAUUAACACUGACAACAAGGUUAAUUGGUACAUUGUAUGAACACUGAUAACAAGGUUAAUUGGUACAUUGUAUGAACACUAACAACAAGGUUAAUUGGUACAUUGUAUUAACACUGACAACAAGGUUAAUUGGUACAUUGUAUUAACACUGACAACAAGGUUAAUUGGUAAAUUGUAUUAACACUGACAACAAGGUUAAUUGGUGUACAUUGUAUUAACACUGACAACAAGGUUAAUUGGCACAUUGUAUUAACACUGACAACAAGGUUAAUUGGCACAUUGUAUUAACACUGACAACAAGGUUAAUUGGCACAUUGUAUUAACACUGACAACAAGGUUAAUUGGUACAUUGUAUUAACACUGACAACAAGGUUAAUUGGUACAUUGUAUUAACACUGACAACAAGGUUAAUUGGUACAUUGUAUUAACACUGACAACAAGGUUAAUUGGUACAUUGUAUUAACACUGACAACAAGGUUAAUUGGUACAUUGUAUUAACACUGACAACAAGGUUAAUUGGUACAUUGUAUGAACACUAACAACAAGGUUAAUAGGUACAUUGUAUUAACACUGACAACAAGGUUAAUUGGUACAUUAUAUUAACACUGACAAGGUUAACUGGUGCACAUAGAGGACCAAACACAAGUUUCCAGUUCAUAAGUCGUAUUAAUUGUUCACAUGUGGCUUCAGGAACCAUUCUUGACCAGUUUGAUAAUGUAAAUUUCUGAUGAUCACAUAAAUACAGAUUAUUUUCCUGAUAUAAAAUCUGAGCACCUUCAGUCAAACAAAGCUUGGCUCGGUGUAAUAUCAUUGGCUGUGACAUCAUUUAUGUAAUAUAUUAUAGGGUUAUCAUUUUGUGAUCAGUAUAAACAAUGUAAGCCAAUUAGUUUGUCACUAAAAAUAGAUAAAUGAUGCAUUGUUUUGAGACUUGUUAUACCGCACGAGAAUUGUGUCAGUAACUGGUUUAUUCUGAAGAUGGCAGGAAUCUUGUGAUUGAAAAUAUAGCUUGCUAUGAAAAUAAAUUAUAUUGUAGUUUUAAUAAAAAAAAAAUCUAUCUUCAAUUUGAUAUUGAGAAUUUGCCAGCUGAUAGAGACUGUACAUGGCUUGAUGUUGUGUUCUUUGUUCAUCAUUAGUCUGACAUGGUCCAGGAAUACUUCUUAUCAAGUUUGAAUAGACAUUAAUAACAAAAUCCAGCACUCUUCCUUAAUUUGGUCAAAAAAAAAAAAAACAAUUGUAAGGGGAAGAAAUAUUGAUACGAAUGUAGACAAAAUGAAAUCUGGUAUUGCUUUGAAGAUUUCCAAUGUAUUGUUACUGCUAUAGAAAUGUAUGACAAGACAGCUGAAUCAGAUUAUCUCUUGUUAGACUGUUGUUGUACAUACUAUACAUUACAUUGCUCUUUGUUGUUGUUGCAAUGUUUAAGAUGAUACUAAUUAUUUAGUAGGUUUA